GGAUGGUUCAGAGAGAGAGAGAGAGAGAGAAAGAAAGUAAAAUUACCUUUCGUUUCCCCCCUGCAAUUUGGAGAACCAAGUAAAUAAACACUGAACAUUACCCCCACCCCGGUUUCAACACGCCCCCAUCCAAAUUAGCGACAGUCUGCCCUGAGCCAAUGGGCGGUGCGGGGACGGUCUGAGAGCAAUAUCAGGCGUUAGCGGAAUUACUGCUGUCUCUAAGCACUUGUCAAUUCAAAGUAGAGCCCCUUUUCAUUUCCCUCUCUAAGUUACUUUCUAUUGCUGAUGGGGGGGGAGUGUCUAACAGACUGAAAGGGGCAGGCAAACGAAAGAAUAAAAGUAGUGAGGAGGCAAAUGUUUUCCGAGGAGCGGCUGGUGCAACAUGAAACACGAUGAUGUUUGUGGUUGAAUGUUGUGCUUUUCUUGAGACCGUGUCAGCGAGUCUUUCCUCAAGGGCUUUCCCUUGGGGUUCGAGCGAAGUUUGUUGGAGGUGGUUGAAGCAUGUCCAGGACGAUGUCCCAGGCGGAGGUGGACCUGGCUAGAUUCGGGCUCAUUACCUCGACCCUGGAUCUGGAUUUGGAUCGUUCCUCCCACCUCAGUAAAGCGCAGAGCCGGCGGCGGAGAAUGCCUGCCAGAGACGGCAGGAGGAUCCCGUCCCGGUACCAGAGGAAACUCUCCGUCGACGUCGAGCUGGGAGCUGACGGUCUGCUUGUCCGUCGCCCUUCCCGAACCCUGGUGCCAGUCCCGGAUAGCCAGCCCCCGCCGCCCGCUGAGAACGGGCCGCUAAAGGCGGGCGGACCCACUGCCGGCGCCCCGCCGGCUCGCCUGGCGCCCUCGCCGCUCCAAGCUGCUGCUGCUGCUGCUGCGGCGGCGGUGGUCGCGAACAGCUCGGACACGGAGGAUGGCAGCCGCCGCUUUCCUCACAAGGACUCGGUUUCCGAGCUGCCCGAGGAGAGUAAGAUGGAACCGGAGGAGAACGAGGUGGAGAUGAAAGCGGUCGACACCUCCCCCGACGGCAGGUUCCUCAAGUUCAACAUCGAGCUGGGAAGAGGUUCCUUCAAGACGGUCUACAAGGGGCUGGAUACCGAGACCACGGUGGAGGUCGCCUGGUGCGAGUUACAGACUCGCAAAUUAUCAAAAGCGGAGAGGCAGAGAUUUAGUGAGGAGGUGGAGAUGCUGAAAGGAUUACAACACCCCAACAUAGUGCGUUUCUAUGAUUCCUUUAAAUGUUCAGUGAAAGGCCACAAAUGUAUUGUGCUGGUGACUGAACUGAUGACAUCAGGGACACUUAAAACGUACCUAAAGCGGUUUAAAGCAAUGAAGAAUAAAGUUCUGCAGAGAUGGAGCAGACAGAUUCUGAAGGGCCUACAGUUCCUUCAUACACGGUCCCCUCCUAUCAUCCACCGUGACCUGAAAUGCGAUAACAUCUUCAUUACAGGACCAACUGGCUCUGUAAAGAUCGGUGAUCUUGGUCUUGCAACACUAAAAAGUGCAUCAUUUGCAAAAAGUGUAAUAGGUACUCCAGAAUUUAUGGCUCCUGAGAUGUAUGAAGAAAAGUAUGAUGAAUCUGUUGACGUUUAUGCCUUUGGCAUGUGCUUGUUGGAGAUGGCUACCUCAGAAUAUCCAUAUUCAGAGUGCCAUAAUGCAGCCCAGAUAUAUCGCAAAGUGACAAGUGGUGUUAAGCCAGCCAGCUUUAACAAAGUAAAAGUCCCAGAGCUGAAAGAGAUUAUUGAAGGAUGCAUACGCCAAAAUAAAGAUGAGAGCAGGUACACCAUUCAGGAUCUUCUUGACCACUCAUUCUUUAAAGAAGAUACUGGGGUUCAUGUUGAACUUGCAGAGGAAGAUGAUGGAGCAAAAUCUGCCCUAAAACUUUGGCUCCGCAUGGAUGACUCAAAGAAACUCCAUGGCAAAUACAAAGACAACAAAGCCAUAGAGUUUCUUUUUGAACUGUAUAAGGAUGUUUCAGAAGAAGUGGCACAGGAAAUGGUAACAUUGGGGUUUGUAUGCGAGGCUGACUACAAAUUAGUUGCAAAGGCCAUCAGAGAUCGCGUGACCGAGGUAAAAAGGAAACGUGAGAGAAACCAACGCAUGCAAGAGGAACUGAAGAAGAAAGAGCAAGAGAAAAAGAAAAAAAUUUAUGAGCUCUUGGAAGAGUUAAAGGUGCCUCAAGACACAACAGAGUGUGCAGCUGGAACUACUCAACUCUCCCAGUCUCCGGCUCCCACAGGUCCCACAGAGAUCCUGUUGAAUCCUUCAUUUCCACCUGAGCCUGAGGAGCCAGAAGCUGAUCAACAUCAGACUUUUCGCUAUAGGAAUACCAACUAUUCUUCAGCUACAUCUGAUUGUGAGACUGAUGGUUAUCUAAGUUCUUCUGGAUUCUUGGACUCAAAUGAUAAUUUGCACAUGGCUGGCCGGUUAACACCUAAAUCUGGGAUUGGACUCCAGUUUCCUGCAAAUAUUGCUGUGACCAUUCCCUCAAAACAUCAUUUGUCACUUCACAGUGGGUUAAAUUCACCAGUUGACAGCUAUGCCUCAGAUGUUGCUUCUGGAAUGAGUGAUGGAUAUGAGGGUCUAUCUGCCGGAGAAGGAUCUACAAAAUUGCCAGUGAAGCGCAUCUCGAGCAAACUCAUUCGGAGACGUGGUCGAUCCAGGCUACGAAUUCUUAAUAUUUCAGACAAAGGAGAUCGGGUUGUUGAGUGCCAACUCCAGACACACAACAACAAAAUGGUAACAUUCAAGUUUGAUUUAGAAGGAGACUCUCCUGAAGAUAUUGCUACAGUAAUGAUCAACAGGGAGUUCAUUCUACUGUCAGAGCAGGAUGGUUUUGUCAGCAAGCUGCAAGAAAUCAUACACAAAGCAGAAGCUGUGUUAAAGAAGGACAUUCAAGGGGAUCAUAGCACUGAUAAAGUUUGUAAGCAGUCAAUUACUACCAGUUCACAUGCGUCUCAGGGUGAAGAAAGGUUGAACCAGCCACCACAUCCUGUAUUAUUAUCUUCAGCUGGUAUAGAUGGAGUGAACACCCCUCUCAGUCAUGUUGUAGAAUCUGCAACAAGGAAGUUUUUGGUUAGUCCUGUUCCUGAAAAUAAGCUGCCAAAUCCUUUGACAGUUAACUCUUCAGCAAAAACUUGUGCUAUUACCACACCUACAGCUACGGCAAAUGUGUUCUACCAGCCAAGGGCACCAUUACAACAAAUCUCCACAGAUCAUUCGUCCAUAGAAACAUCUGGUAAUGUGCCACUUAACAACCUUGACCCAAUUCAAGCCUCUACUAGUACACACCUUCGUACUGAUCUGUCUUUAUCUGCACCAUCACAGAAUUUUAAGCCAGUGUUAAUGUCUCUUCCUAAUACGAUGUGUGAAUCGAACAGUCUUCCAAAGGUACCACUGAAUCAGCAGGAGAGCCCACAGCUUGCUGUUCAGAAAGAAUUUCCAACACAGAAAGCAGAGAAUAUAGGCAAAGACGCACCACAGUUUAUAAAAACAUCGAAUAAUAACUGGUCACCAAGCACACAGCCUCUGUCUCUCCUGGCUGAUGUGUUAUCGUUGAUGUGCAUGAGUCAGUUGGCCCAUACAAUCCUACCAAGCAGUUCUUCACAGUCUCCACUGAUGUCUCCAAAUAGUGGUAUUACUUCUCCAGUCACUCCUACUUUCAGCAAUUCCAGGCCGCUUCAUCUUUCAUCUCCAGAAGUAAAUAUUGGACAACAACCACAUAAUGCUGAGAAUGGUGGCAUGGAAAGUCUAGAAGGACAACUUGGAUCUAUUUUUCAUGAAUGCAACAGAUCUCAUGAGCUGCUGCAAAACAUCAGUCCAGGAACACCAUGUUCUGAACAUGAUCACACCACAUUAUCAAGCAAAGAAAGUGACUUCAGCCCUGGAUCUUUACAUCUGCAGACUAACCCAUGUGAGGAUGUAGCACCUCCCAUAAAAACUUUCAUACCGAUGCCCACAGUAAUAGCAGCCACUAACAUGUGCAGCUUAUCAACAACAAACACUCCAUUUUAUUCACAUCCCAGUCCGAUACUUAAUCUUGCAGGUUCCAUUCUGCCAUAUCAGAAUAUCCAUCCAGGAGAUUAUGUACUCUCUAUCUGUGACAGUACAUCACUUUCAACUUCCAUGCCUCAAGUUGCUGUUACGGAUCUUAUUAGCACCUCAACUAAAGAGCAAGAGAACAGACAGUUCUCGUUGCUGGAUAUAAGUAAGAAAAGUAUACCAUCAUUGAUUAUUACUGAAGCACUAACAUCACAAUCAGGAAAAUCACCAUUGCCACCUAUUAAUGAGGAGCUCAAGAAUUUUCAGCAAUCUGGUUCACCCCAACCUGUUACAGUUGGACGCUUUGAAGUUUUGAAAACUCAAGAGCUAAUCAAACACGGCUCUCAACUAACAAAUCAGGAUGACAAUAAACCAGAUCAUUUAGUUCCUGAUAACUGCACCGCUCUGAAAUCAGUUACAACUCCCGGGGAACCAGUGUUGGACAGCAGAUUGAGUAUUGCAGUGCAAUGUCAAAGAGAGAGCAAUUCAGGGACAUGCUUAUCCACCCAUGCUCUGCAGCCUUCCUUGGGAAUUUCUGAGGCUGCUACUGACAAUCUCUCUCUAGACAGUAACAAAGUAAUGAUCAGUUCAGGAGAUGAAAAGCAAAAUACAGAUUCCAAACAAUCAGAUGAUAACACUGAUUUGGUCCCAGUGCAUGGAUGGGUUCAGUAUUCACGGUCAACUGUCUAUAUAAGCAGUGACGAUUCUGAAAGUGAUGGUGAUGAGAUAUUUGAAGAAUUACAAAACCUAAGAGAAAAACAUAUGGCAGAAGUUCAGAGGUUGCAAGCAAUACAGAAGAAGGAGAUAGAGGAACUGUAUGAAAAGAUGGGUAAAGUACCUCCUGCUGGAAUAGUAUCACCUGCUGCAAUAUUGACUGGAAGGCAAAGACGUUUAUCUAAAGGCAAUUUUAACCAAUCCCGCCGCAACAGCCUGCAACGACUUGAGACUUUACAGCAAGCAGGAUUCAGUAGAAGAAAUUCCUUAACGGGUAGUUGCAGCUCACAGGAUCAACGCCAAACACCAUCCACUGUUAGUGGAGGUUACUUUUCCUAAAUUGAUCUGAACUAUCAAUCAUCAAAAACUAAGCUUCUGUAAAAUAGGUCUAUAUGAAAUUGAUCAAUGAAUUGAGAAAUACAUUAUGCUCCAAUUGGAAUAAAGAUCUGUCAUUGCUAUGCUUUGAAUAGUCUGCCUACAAAUAUCACCCAUCAAUGGACCCUAACGAAUAGUUCCUGUUUCACUUGGAAUCUAAUAUGCACGCUAUUGUCUGUUUUCAUAUAAAAAUCUUAGUUUUGUAUAAACCUAUGCCUUCAACCGGAUAUUCAGAAAUAUUUCAGAUGACCCUCACCAUGAAUUUGCUGUGGCACAGAAUGAAACCCCUCUUAUUACCAUCACAUCACAUCACAAUAUGCACUGCACUUUUUCUUCUAGGUACUAGUUUCUGGGAACACAAGAAAGCAUGUCACAGUUUUAAGCAGAUAAUAUUGUCUGGCCUGAAAUGCUUCAAAUAUGGUCUGUUUUAAUCAGAUUCUGUUAACAAAAAUCUAUUUUUCUGUUUCUGCUGAUAGACCGAGAAUAGAUAAGAAUUGUUGUCUUUUUAAAGUUUUUGUUAAUCCUACAAUGUAACGACAACUUCAAACUUGAAUCCUAGGUGCUAAGCAACCAAUAGAAAUCACUUACAUAUUUUUGUAUUAAAAUAUACUCUUUCACUGUGACAUUGUAAAAACUGACUUUAUUCACUGUAUGUAUAUAUGUAAAAACUGUGUUGAAGCAGCAAACUGUAUAAUGAUUACAAUGAGGAGAUUUCAAAUUUUAAAACGAGAAGCAACUUGCUCAUCUGGAAAGUUUUUUUUGCGCUCUGUUGUAAAUAACUUUAAAAGCUUAAAUAUUUCCUUCUACUUGCACAACUACAUGCUCAUCAAAUGCCAAAGCAUUAUUGUAUCUAAGAUAUUUUAUAAAAUAUUUAAUAGUGUCUAAUAUCAAAGCUUUGGAAUUCAAUGUACAUCUCAGAAUUACAAAAAUAAUGAAAGCUACUAAAUCCUUGUGGUUCAAUUUAUUGAUUAUGAAUGUUUAAACCUUACGGAGAUGGAAUUUUAUAAAGUUGCUGAGUAAUUUUUUGGGGAUUGUAGUGUGCACUUCAAUAAACUUACAAAUAACCUGCAAUACUGGCCAUUUGGCCUCAAAGUUGAGUGACCGCUUGUUUUGUUUCAACUUCAUUUUACCAUCCUAAAUGUAGAAAAGUCACUUAAAAUAAGUGUAAAUAGUAACACAAGGUUUCAAACACACAGGUUUAUACUAGGCCUAAAGUGAAAGGACCAGGAUAAUUAAGAACGACAACAAAAAAAAACUUCCUGCAGGUUGCUGAUGGAAAGAAGUCCACAUUCUUAGCGCAGACUUAAUUUUGUAGAAACUAACAAGUUUAUUUCCAACUUUAGUUGACAAGCUAUUUUAAUAAAAUUAGCUUCAGGCCUUACCACCUCAAUUCUCCUAUCUACCUACUAUAUUACAACAAUCAAUCUGUAAAAAUGGUAAGUUGGGAAAUAAAAUUAUAUAGAUUAGAAGAGCCAUGGAACUGCCCGUGUGUUUGAAGGGAUACUUGUUUGUGAGUAACAUUUAGAGGUGGAAAUUUUGUUGGAAUACAGGGUGUAUCAAAAUCAUAAAUGCAUUCUUUAUAAACUUCUGUAUGGUAUUGUUAAUGGAAGGAGAUUUCUUCACUACCAUUUGAGAUUUUAUGUUUGAACAAUCUAUUGCAGAUAUAAUUAUUAAAUGAGUGAAUCAAA